GGGGAGCACCGGGGAUCUGACCAGGGAACAGGGCGAAGACACACAGCACCACCGCCUCCGCAGACAGUCCUUUAAGGCGCUUUCGACAUGUCAAGAAAGCUGCAAAGGACUGAAAUCUGCGCCGACUGCAGUGCGCCAGACCCCGGCUGGACCAGCAUAAACCGCGGCGUUCUGAUCUGUGAUGAGUGCUGCUCGGUGCAUCGUAGUUUGGGUCGGCACAUUUCCAUCGUGAAGCACCUGAGGCACAGCGGAUGGCCCCCCACGCUGCUGCAGAUGGUCCAGACAUUGGCCUGUAAUGGAGCUAACUCCAUUUGGGAGCACAGUCUGCUGGACCCUGCUCAGGUCCAGAGUGGUCGCAGGAAACCCAACCCCCAGGACAAAGUCCACCCCACGAAGUCCGAGUUCAUCCGAGCCAAAUACCAGAUGUUGGCGUUUGUGCACAAGCUUCCCUGCCGCGACGACGACGGUGUCACCACGAAAGACCUCAGUAAACAACUUCACUCCAGUGUGCGGACGGGCAGUUUGGAAACGUGUCUCCGGCUACUAUCCCUCGGUGCCCAGGCCAACUUCUUUCACCCGGAAAAAGGCACCACCCCCCUCCACGUCGCAGCUAAAGCGGGCCAAAUCCUACAAGCAGAGCUGCUCGUGGUGUACGGCGCCGACCCGGGAGCGCCGGACAUCAACGGACGCACACCUAUGGACUACGCUAAGCAGGCGGGUAAUGUGGACUUGGCCGAGCGUUUGGUGGAAUGCCAGUAUGAGCUGACGGACAGGUUAGCCUUUUACCUGUGCGGCCGGCGUCCAGACCACAAAAACGGACAUUAUAUCAUUCCCCAAAUGGCGGACAGAGCUCGUCCCAAGUGUCCCACACAGAGCCUGGACCUCUCAGAACUGGCCAAGGCUGCCAAAAAGAAGCUGCAAGCGCUCAACAAUCGUCUUUUUGAGGAGCUGGCCAUGGACGUGUAUGACGAGGUGGACCGCAGAGAAAAUGAUGCAGUUUGGCUCACCACCCAAAACCACAGCACUUUGGUCACAGAACGCAGCGCAGUGCCAUUUCUACCAGUCAACCCCGAGUACUCCGCCACACGCAACCAGGGCAGACAGAAGCUGGCUCGGUUCAAUGCCCGAGAGUUUGCGACGCUCAUCAUCGACAUCCUGAGUGACGCAAAGAGGAGACAGCAGGGAAAAGGUCUCAGCAGCCCCACCGACCCUCUGGACCUGGGCAUAGACGAUGACCAGCACGACUACGACAGUGUAGCCUCAGACGAAGACUCCGACAGCGAGCUGACCGCACAAAACAACAACAACACGCAGCGCAGCAACCGGGCCAAGAGUAUGGAUUCCUCAGACUUGUCAGAUGGGCCCAUCACGUUGCAGGAGUAUCUGGAGGUGAAAAAAGCCCUGGCCUCAUCUGAAGCCAAAGUGCAGCAGCUCAUGAAGGUCAACAACAACCUGAGUGAGGAGCUGCGCAGGCUGCAGAAAGAGAUCACGCGGAUGCAGACAGAGAACAGUUCACUGCGGGGGGGACAGCCGGCCGGGGGGGCGGGAGGGCAGGGUCCCGGCGGUCCCGGAGGAGGAGGGGGGCACUGGGUGGGCGGCGGGGGGCGCUCCGGGACGGGGGCGGCUCUCAGUGUGUUUGGUCCUAGCACAGAAGCACAGGGGCUGCCCUCCUCCGGGGCCCCUCACUCCCACCACAGACGGGACAGACAGGCCGUGUCCAUGUAUGAGCCCGGGGCCGCUCCGGGACCCACUGCCCACGGCACCCCAGCCCUGGACCCCCUGUCAGCGCGCCUGCAGCCCCUCCACUCGCCCAGUAUGAGGAAGGGCAGCACAGGAGGACCAGUGUCUUACGGAGGUCAUCAUCUGUCCAGCACCACAGAGAUGAGCCGAUACAUGGUGCCUAAAUCAGAGAAGCACGGCAGCGGCACCGACAGCGACUAUGACAACACGCAAACCUACGACGUCUCCAUAAGUAUGGGCCGCAGCAGUGAAGAGGAGGGCCGCGGGGAGUCUGAGGACGGAGGAGGAGAGCUGGGAGAGCCAGACCCGACGCUGCCCUGCACAGAAGACGUCAUUCUGAAAACUGAACAGGUGACCAAAAACAUCCAGGAGCUGCUGAGGGCCGCGCAGGAGUUUAAACACGACAGCUUUGUUCCAUGUUCAGAAAAGAUCCACUCCGCAGUCACAGAGAUGGCCUCCCUUUUCCCCAAACGCCCCGCUCUGGACGCGGUGCACUGCUCCCUGCGGCUGCUCGCCUCCAGCGCGUCGCGGUUACAGGUGGAGUGUCGUAAAGCGGCCCCCGCAGACCCCGGGGCCCCGGCCGUGGACUACCAGCUCCUCACGCAGCAGGUCAUACAGUGUGCGUAUGACAUCGCCAAGGCAGCCAAACAACUCGUCACCAUCACCACGCGAGAGAAAAAACAAUAAAACACGUCCAGAAAGAAGAACGGAACUAAAGGAUCGAAGGGCUUCUCACGUGGAUGGAAAGAGGGAUUUUUGGACGCUUUGGUGCGAGGGAGAGGAGUCCAGGUGUAAGAGGAUGCAUGAAAGUCCAAAAGGCAAAGCGUAAAACCACUACAGAGCUAUUUUACAAAAGAGGAGGAGAAUGUCGACAGAAAGGAGGCAGUUUUUUUUUGGGACGACCAUUUUGACAACUGGAAAAACCGUGAAACUGUGACGCACCAAAGUGAAAUACAACAACGAUGCACAGAGAACUGGAAACACUAUUUAUUAUUUCGUCUUCCUGGCUUUUGGAAGACAUUUUCUACACUAAAAAUGGUUGUCAGUGGAUGUCAAGAGACCAGCUCCUCUCUCUCUGCACUCCUUCCACCGGGCCACCCUCUUUCACGCCACAAAACCGUCCCAAAAAGUCCGUAAACCUUUGCAGCUUAACACUACAAUUACCACUCUCCAAUGCGCCCUCUACUGGUGAAACACAGCAUGAUCCGGCAUGUUUUCAUUUCUCUUUAUUAUUAUUUUUUGUUACUUUUUUACACGAUGCAGAUUUGGUGACGUCUGCAGUUCUAAAGACGAGCAUUACUGACUUACAAAACACUUACACUGGAAUAAUUAUUGUUAUCAUUUAUCCUAUGUUUUUGUAUUGAUAUUUUAUUGUCUAUUUGAUUUAACUGUUUAUUUCAUUGUCUCAUUUAGUGGCAGAAGGAGAUCCACACGAGGAUAUCUCAUUUACAGACUUCACCUGUGAAAAGGUCCUGUUGUUAUGGCUGAAUUAUAAUGAAGAGUUAAAGUUGCCAAAUAUGAAAGAGGCAAGUUUUGGGUCAGACUAAAAAGCCCUGUUUACCUGAUCAUUUUACAAUCUUUUUAUAUUAUUUAGCUAAAAAGCGAGUGGAAUCAUCUCAAAUACUUUUAACUGUGCCAAGUAGAUGUAAAGAGCGUUACGGUGGGUUAUUGAUUAUUGUUGUACCCAGAAUUAUUCAGGUAUAUUGGGGAAAUUGGGUGUUUUUAUUUUGCUUGUUCUCGUCUAAAACAGUUUGUACUUGGAGAAUUAGAGAAUUAAACUGCCUUUAAUCUUUUGAAUGAGGAUGUCCAGUCUGUUUCCAGUAUAAGGCUCUUAGUUGGCGCAGCAGUGGGCAUCCUGUCCCCGCCCACUUCUCUGAUUGGUCAGCCUCGGUCAUGCGCUCAAUGAGUGAUGGGUGAGUUUAACCAAUCACAGAAAAAAGUGAACUUUUAAACCUCAAGUCUACAAAAAUCUGUAUUUUUUAUACAGAUUGAUAUUGCUCCACGUCCUUCGCUGCGUCUCAGUCCUGCUCAAACACGAUCAUACAAACAGAUGUGUUUUUUUCAGUGACGUUUGUGUCCCUGAUUGGCUGAUCCACCUGUCAAUCACACCCAUCUGAAAACGGGGAGCUUCAGUAUUGAUCUGUGUUUUCUGGACUCCAGGUAAAUUACUGUACACUGUGUUCAAGGUAAACUUAUCCCACUAAGUGCCACAUAAGAUUUGGCUCUUUGAGUUCACCCAGCAGGUCAAAACAAGAUGUAAACUGGGUCUAAAGUGCGACUACAGCGUGUACUGGCCCUCUGAUACAAAUGAACAGGAGAGAGUCAGAUUUGUGACGACAGACCCGUUUGUUUCUCUGUGAACUUGUUUUUUUCUGCUCAUUCUGGUGAUUAUCUUGAUUGGUGAUUAUCACGAUUAUAUAAAAUGUCCCACAAAUGAUUAUUGUCGACCCUUUUUAUCACGAUAAAUGAUAUUAUUGUUUAUUGUUCUAUCCCUAAUCAGGACAAACCCAAAGGAGCCUCAGUUUGACUAGAGGUAAAUAAUAUAGAAAAAUCAAUGUGUGUUUUUCAGUCAGACACAACCUCUUCAUAAUUAUUGGUGAAUAAUUUUGGGUGCAACAAUAAAAUAAUAUAAUCAGAGUGCAGGACGGUCCGUGUGGUCCGUGUGGUCCGUGUUACUCGCGUUGAAACAGACACUAAAAUACCAGGAUGUUUACAUGACUUGUAUCUAAAACAAUGCAUUAUUUCAUUAUUUCAGCCUUGGUCUAAUAGAGUUUAAUAGAGUUUAAUAGAGUUUAAUAGAGUUUAAUAGAGUUUAAUCACGCCAUCGCCUGCUCAUGUGGCCUCUCUGUUUGAGCAUUGGGAACAAUUUCUUUUUCAAAUUAAAAUGUUUUUGUUUUGUGCAGAGAUAACUUGAUAAAUUCAGAUUGUACUUUUUAUUGUAAAUCACAAACUUACUAUAUUUUCAUUGUUAAGAUGUGUCUUUGGGUCAAAUUCAGUCGUCGUUGUUUGAAAUUUGCCUUUUUCAAAUGACUUUCCUUCCAAGGAGUACAUUUUAUUUUUCAUUGCUUGUAUUUUUGGCUGUAACUGCAUUAUAAUUUAAAUAACGACACUUGAAAAUGAGCUUAACCUUUUACCCAGUGGGAUAUUUCUCUUAUUUCUCUCUUUUUCUCUGCUUUUUGCUGAUGUGCCACUGUACGGGAGACUCAUGGUCAGAUUGUUUUGAAUGAAUCUGAAUGUCUUGCACAUUAUUAUGAUUUUUUAAACUAAAUUUGACCACUUAAAAUAUGAAACACUUCAGAUGAAUGAGUGUGGGCCAAGUCGGAGAACGCCUUUUUGACUGGUCGUGUUGAAUAUUAAAUGCAUAUAUUUUCAUGUUAAGUCGUUAAGCUAUAAGGAUUAUACUGGGAGAUAUUUAUUUCUAUUGAGCCAAAUAAACUUCAGGUUUAAGUUGUGACACCCAACGUACUUAAAACUAAACUUUUGCAUCUAAGAAAGUCCUGGUUUAUCAAAAUUACUAUGUACAAAUGUGGAUAAAACUGUGACAACACUCAAAAGUUCAUUUUCCUGGGCGAUUAUUUUUAGUUUUUGCUUUAAUAUUUGGUUUAAAUCAUGUCAAAAUGGGUCAUAAAUGUUAUUAAAAUGAUCUCUAUACAUUUCUAACGCAUAAUUUGCUUGGAACUGGACACGUUUUCUCAUUUUAACUGCAGUUUAUUUUUAUUCUAUUGUAUUUUCAAAGUGCAGAUUGUGUUGUCCUUGUAUUAUUUUAUUUUUAAGUACACUGGCUGUCUUUAGAAAAAAACCCUGAAGUUCUUUUAGGCUCUGCUCUCAUCUCAAAUCGUCUCAAAACGCACAUCCCAGAAAUUCAUGGACACUUAAUGGUGCCUCGAGUGUGAAUGUUCAAAAUGUUUUAUCACAAUUUCAGCACAUACUUUCCAGAGUUUAACAGUUUUUGGGACACUCAAUAAACAACAAAUGGACCAACUUUCCACAAAUAAAAGACGUUUAGAGCCGGUCGAAGCGGAGCCACUGGCGGUGCAUUGUGGCCUGUUUUACUGGCAUGUUUCAACACUUUGGGAGAGAUCUUUUAACAGAAGAUAAUGUAUAAAAGUAGAGAAAACAAUGACUGACUUACAAGGUCAAAUCGUAAUGUAAACUCAUAAGCUGUACAUUUGUAAUAAAAUAAUAAAACAAUAAUUAA